AUGCUAGGUCUUUCGCUGAAGCCAAGUGCCCAUUGUGUCAGUGUUUCUUUUGGACCGAAUCGUUCCAACAAACUGCAUUUUUCUGCUCCUAGACGCAAAAGGAUCUUAACUAUUCAAUCAGCAUACAGAGAUGAUGACAGUUCAGGCAGCACAGGCCUAUUUGUCGGAGGGUUUAUUUUGGGUGGACUCAUAGUCGGUGCCCUCGGAUGUGUCUAUGCACCACAGAUCAGCAAGGCUAUAGCUGGAGCAGACCGAAAGGAUCUCAUGAGGAAAUUGCCUAAAUUCAUAUAUGAUGAGGAAAAAGCUUUGGAGAAAACCCGAAAGGUACUGGCUGAGAAAAUCGCACAGCUCAACUCCGCUAUCGACGAUGUAUCCUCGCAGCUCAAAUCGGAAGAUACUCCGAACGGCGCAGCUUUAACCACUGAUGAAGUCGAGGCUACAGCCUGA